GCUGCCGGGAGGCGGGCGGGCUUGCCCGCCUCUGGAGGGGCGGCCGGCGGUACGGCUGGGCUCGUUACAGCUCGGCUGGGGUCGGCGAGCGGAUUGCAGCGGGAGGCGCACGGCGGCGGCCGUCCCUACAGCCCGGGCCGCGGAGGGGCCGACGUGGCCCCUUGCUGCAGUACCAGAUGUGCGGGACGAGGGGCUGUGAAGGGACGGCGAGGGGCUGCUGCGGGCUGCCGCCGCCGCUGCUGCCACGGCCGUGGGGGCACCCUUAGCUGUGAGAGAAGCGGGCAAGCCGUGUCGGGAGCUGUUAUUUUCUUCUCCUUCCUUUGCCUUCCCUCUCCUCCCUCCUCCUCCUCCUCCUCCUCCUCCUUACCAAAACCGGGAGAGGAGGCGUGUUCGUAGAGUCUUGCUGCACCGGUUUUGCUUGGUUUGUUGUUGCAGGGUUUGGUUUGCAGGGUGGCUUGGUGUUGGGGUUUUUUUUCUCCUCUCUCCCUUUCUUCCCUCCCUUCUUCUCAUUUGGCCCAUUGCAUGCUCGGAUCCGGCUGGAUCCUUCUUUUUAUUUUCGGCGGUGCCUAUCGGAGGGGGGAAGGGAGGGCUGGGAUGAGUGCAGCUUGACGCACAGACGAGGGGAGGGGGACACCGCCGGCAGCUGCAGCGGUUCGUGGCUGCAGGGUACGGGUGAGGAAGGGAACGAGCGAGGGGCUCGCUCGGUGCCUCCCCCUUUCUUCGCCCCUCUCUUUCCUUCCCUCCUUUCCUUCCCCCUCCCCCAUCCGUCUCCUGCCGGGUCCGGCUAGGAGUGUGCGUGCAAUAUAUUACGUUGCAAGGUGUGUGUGCGCGGAGGAGAGAGAGGGAAGGACUCGCGAGGGAGCCGGGGCUGCCCCCGCUCUCCCCCACCCCGCUCUAUGUGAGCCCCCUCGGGCGGCUGGAUGGCGAUAGACCGGCGCCGGGAGGCGGGCGGCGGGGGCCGGCCACUGCCAGAGGAGAACGGCUCGGUGCCCGGAGGUGGGGGAGCCGCCGCCGCCGCCCCCCCGGGGCCGUCCCCCGCUAACGCCGGCGGUCCCGAGAUCCAGGCGGUGCCGGUGCCGCCGCCCGCCGCCGCCUGCAGCCCGCUGCUCCUCGACUACGACGGCUCGGUGCUGCCCUUCCUCGGGGGGCUGGGCGGCAGGUACCAGCGGACCUUAGUGCUGCUCACUUGGGUCCCAGCCCUCUUCAUCGGCUUCAGCAAGUUCUCAGACUCCUUCCUCCUGGACCAGCCCGACUUCUGGUGUCGGGAGGCAGACGGCCAAGGCAACUGGAGCGGGUCCUUGGCACCGGGCCACGCCAACCGCAGCGGCAACGGCAGCAUCUUCCCCCUGCCUGGGCUGCCCACCCCCGCGGAGGGCAACGCCAGCGAGUGCGACUGCCACGAAUGGCACUACCGCAUCAGAGCCGGCCUCGUCCAAAACGUCGUGAGCAAGUGGGAUCUUGUUUGCGAUUCUGCCUGGAAAGUCCACAUCGCUAAAUUCUCCUUACUGGUAGGAUUAAUCUUCGGCCACUUAAUAACAGGAUGUAUAGCUGACUGGGUUGGUCGACGGCCUGUGCUGCUCUUCUCUGUCAUAUUUAUUUUGGUAUUUGGACUGACUGUGGCAUUGUCAGUGAACGUGACCAUGUUCAGCACACUCAGGUUUUUUGAGGGGUUUUGCCUGGCUGGAAUAGUUCUCUCCCUAUAUGCACUGAGAAUAGAGCUCUGUCCUCCUGGGCACCGGUUCAUGAUCACCAUGGUGGCAAGCUUCAUUGAAAUGGCAGGGCAAUUCCUGAUGCCAGGGCUGGCUGCCCUCUGCAGGGACUGGCAGGUCCUCCAGGCAGUCAUCAUCUGUCCUUUCCUGCUGAUGCUGCUUUACUGGAUUAUUUUCCCAGAGUCCCUUCGAUGGCUGAUGGCUACACAACAGUUUGAGGCAUCCAAGGAACUGAUCCUGCAGUUCACGCACAAGAACAGGAUGAACACGGAAAGCGACAUCAAAGGAGUGGUGCCUGGGCAUAGGAUGGACGAAUCAGUGCAUAGGAUGGACGAUGCUGUGGGAAUGAAGCUGUUGUCUGUUCCUCAUUUGUUGCAGAAUUUGGAAGAGCUGGAAAAGGAGAUCGCCAGGAGACCGAAGAAAGUCUGCAUUGUUAAAGUGGUGGGAACCAGGAACCUGUGGAAAAACAUCGUAGUAUUGUGUGUGAACUCGCUGACUGGUUAUGGCAUACACCACUGCUUUGCAAAAAGCAUGAUGGGGCAUGAGGCGAAGAUGGCGAUUACCCACAACUUCUACGCGGACUACUACACCAUGGCUGGGAUUGCCCUGGCGUCCUGCCUGGCCAUGUGCCCAGUGGUUGGGUUUCUGGGGAGGAGAGGAGGACUUCUGCUUUUCAUGAUCCUUACAGCUCUGGCAUCACUUCUGCAGCUGGGCCUUCUCAACUUGAUUGGAAAAUACAGUCAACUUCCAGACUCAGGUAUGAGUGACAGCGUCAAAGACAAGUUCUCUACGGCAUUUUCCAUCGUGGGUAUGUUUUCUUCGCAUGCCGUCGGAAGCCUCAGUGUGUUCUUCUGUGCUGAAAUCACACCCACAGUCAUCAGGGGAGGUGGGCUGGGGCUGGUCCUGGCCAGCGCGGGCUUCGGCCGCCUGACCGCCCCCAUCAUGGAGCUCCACAACCAGAAAGGCUACUUCCUCCACCACGUCAUCUUCGCCUGCUGUACCCUCAUCUGCAUCAUCUGCAUCCUGCUGCUGCCGGAAAGCAAGAACCAGAACCUGCCCGAGAACAUCCCUGACGGGGAACAUUACACCCGGCAGCCCCUCCUGCCGCACAAGAAGGGGGAGCAGCCCCUGCUCCUCACAAACUCUGAACUCAAGGAUUACUCCGGCCUCCACGACUCAGCAGCUGUGAGCGACGGGAUCUCGGAGAAUACCACUGCCAAUGGGAUGAAGUCGAUGUAACCAGGUGGAUUUGGGUUUUCCUUGCUUUUAUUUUUGGUUGGUUUUGUUAUUGUUUUGGGGUUUUUUUUUCCUUUCUCCUCUUUCUUUUGUAUUUCAUUUGAUGCUGUUGUGCAGGAGGAGCAGCACUUUUGGGGCAAAGGUGUUUUGCACAGAUUUUACAAACCAGUGAUGGAGCAGACAGACUUGGGGGAAUUCAACUCUGCUGCUAAAACAACUUCUGGCAUCUUCAGCUGUUGUGCAGAUUGCUCUUGAAAAAGUUAUGGGGGAAAAGACUUAUCUGAGAAAAGACCUGGCUGGAGGCAACCCUUCAGAACUCUUUUUUUUCCCUGCCAUUAAAUAUGUAUAUUUAUUUUGAUUUAUUCUCAAGAAGCACUUUAUUUCCUUUUCCUUUCAUAGAUCACAAAAAUGAAGCCAUCUUCUUAUAAGAGGUGCAGCCAUUCCAAGAAAGAAACCAUGGGGAGGGGAGGGAUUGUUUUCUGUUUUGUUUUUGUGUUUCUUUAAAGGAAAGAGGGAUCCACUACAAAGUUGAAUUGACUGAAAUUUAGACUUGUGCAACAUUCUUCUGCCUGUCUAGAAAGCCCAAGCGCCCAGGCUGCCUGCUGGGUUUGUAUACACCAAAAACAAAA